UAACAGAGGGUGGUGGUAAUGCGCCACUAAACUGUAUGCGAACCUCUGUAAAACAAGAAGAAGACGAGAAAGAAGAAGAAAGCUGUCAGCUGCUUCAGCAACACAACAAACAUGGCGUCAGGAGGCGGCUAACUGAGAAGAAAAGCUGGGUAUCCUCCAGAGCCGUUUUAAAUGAAAGUUGUAUUUCUUAAUUAAAGAUAACAUUUGCUUCGUCGUGAUCUCAAGAUGGAGUCUGCUUCGUUUCCAGAGGAUGUUUUGGAGAGGAAAGUGUGUGUUGUCGGGUCGGAGCCGGUGGAAAACUACACUGUCUAUAUCAUCGAGGUGUCGGAUGGAGAGCACAGAUGGACUGUAAAACAUCGCUACAGUGACUUUCACGACCUCCACGAGAAGCUGACGGCAGAGAAGAAGGUGGACCGACGGCUGCUUCCCCCAAAGAAGAUGUUGGGGAAGAACUCAAAGAGUCUGGUGGAGCGGCGGCAGAAGGAGCUGGAGCUUUACCUGCAGACGCUGCUGCAGCAGUUCCCAGAGGCCACACCGUCUCCACUCGCCUGCUUCCUGCACUUUCACCUUUACGAGAUCAACGGGAUCACAGCAGCUCUGGCUGAGGAGUUGUUCAACAAAGGGGAGCAGUUGCUGCAGGCCGGCGAGGUCUUUUCUCUCUAUCCUUUGCAGCUUUACUCCGUCUCCCAGCAGCUGCGUCUGGCAAAACCAACCUGCUGCAGCGGAGACGCCAAGACCGACCUGGGACACAUCCUGGACUUCACCUGCAGGCUGCGAUACCUCAAGGUGUCUGGUACCAGAGGUCCAGUAGGAUCCAGUAACAUCCAGGAGAGCAGUCUCCCCUUCGACCUGUCUGUCUUCAAGUCACUACUGCAGAUAGAGAGUGCUUCAGAGGAUGGCUGA